CCGACAAGGACAGACGGCAGAAUGAUUUCAGGCGUGAUGGCUGGGAGCGGGGGUCCAAAGAGCCCUAAACAGGCAAAGAAGCAGAUGUAUAGCAUGGGAAAUGUAUGUCUCUGUCUCUGUCUCUGUCUCUGUUCUGCUCUCUGCGCCGUGUGUUCUUCGUCGUUUUGCUUCAAUGUGCCUUUGUUGUGUUUCUUUGGCUUGGUGAUGUAGAGAACGCACGUGCAGAACAAGGCGCAUCGUUUGGCUGCUGCAGCAUCCACCACCAUUCCAGCAUGUGUUGGGUUGGCGGUGAAGAGAAAUGCAGCAGAGUUGAAUGGGGCUGCAGUGCCUUGCCAAGAUGCAGACCGGGAGAAGUAUGUUCCAGUCCAGUGCAGUCUGCUGGUACUUGGGUGUCCCUCGACCCGACACUCGGCUUAAGGGACGCUGAAGUGGAGAGGUGGAGAGGUGGAGAGGGCGUGGUAUUAGUGUUCCAGGAACCCGAGGUUGAGGAUCUCAACAGUUGUGGUACAAAUACAGUACCAGCCCAGCACCGAUACCUAGGAUAUCGGGUAUCUGUGAAGUACUUUCCCAUGACCCCAAUCUUCUUGUCUUAGUCUCCUGAUCCAGUUCGGCGGGACAGCUGAUGUUCCCACUGGAGAUGCCGAGAUAUUGCGGUAACGGGCGCUGCUAGCUGCAGCGCAGUAACCGUCGAUGAGGAGAUUAUUCGACGGAUGGGCGAGAAGAAAAAGAAAUGCCCACAAAUAAAAUGCACCUGAUACUCGAAUACUUCUGGAAGGAUUGUGCAUGCGUGGAAACAAAGACAGAUGCACGUCGAGUAUAUGCUCGAAUAUCCAAGUAUGAAGUAAUGAGAAAUAAUAAGGAGGGAGAUGCAAUAAUAUAUGUGAUGGAUAUGUGAUGAAUACUGUACUGUAGUGAGUAUAGGAUUCGCAGUCGCAGCCGCAGCCUCGUGCGGGGUGGGAAGGGAAAG